AUGAUCACAUACAUAAUUUUAAUGUUAUGUUUGGGUGUCCUGAUCGUGAUCCGUAUGGCUAUACAUUUGUACAGACCCGAUAUUGAAGAUUCAGAGCAUCGGGUCAGGGACCAUCCGAUCGAAGACCUGAACGAUUGCUACGAUUUUGUUAUCGUUGGCGGUGGUUCUGCUGGAGCGGUUUUAGCAAAUCGUCUGACAGAAAACCCAGCAUGGAAAGUAUUGUUAUUAGAAGCUGGACCCGAUGAGAAUGUGCUUUCCGAAGUGCCCGUGUUGUUUCCGAUAUUACAAACUUCAUUUAUAGACUGGCAGUUUGCGACCGAGCCCAGUAAUGAUUAUUGUCUCAGUAUGAUUGACAAAAGGUGUAAGUGGCCACGCGGUAAAGUUCUCGGUGGAUCUAGUGUUCUAAAUGCAAUGUUAUAUAUUAGAGGCAAUAAACGUGAUUACGAUAACUGGGAAAGAAUGGGAAACGCCGGUUGGAGUUACAACGAUGUAUUCCCCUACUUUUUGAAAUCUGAAGAUAUCAGAAUUGCAGAGCAUCAAAAUGAUUCUUAUCAUGCAACUGGAGGUCCGUUAACCAUAGAAUAUUUUAGAUACGAGCAUCCAAUCACAAACAAGAUUUUAGAAGCAGGCGCACAACUUGGUUACGUAGUAAGGGAUGUAAACGGUGAAUUUCAAACAGGAUUCACUCGCUCUCAGGCAACCGUGCGAGAUGGUCUUCGUUGCAGCACAGCAAAGGCAUUUCUAAGACCUAUAUCUAAAAGACAGAAUCUUCACAUCAGUAUGAAUUCUUUAGUAGAAAAAGUGCUGGUUGAUGAGUACCGAACAGUUUAUGGGGUAAAGUUUUCAAAGCAUGGUCAUAAAAAAAUCGUGAAAGCUAGCAAGGAAGUAAUUCUAUCAGCCGGUUCUAUUCAGUCGCCACAAUUAUUGAUGUUAUCUGGUAUCGGGGAUGCUACUGAAUUAAAAGAACUAGGGAUAUUUCCAAUAGCACAUCUGCCAGGAGUUGGGAAAAAUUUACAAGACCAUACUGCUAUGGGCGGUCACUCCUUUCUUUUUGAGUACCCUUCUGACAAAGGAGCUCGUUUUUGCUUUGACCUAAAUACUUUAUUUUCUUUCGGAAAUCUUAUUGACUUUUGUGUUCAUAAUAGUGGAUUAAUGUACAGUAUGGUGGAAGCUGAGGCAAUGGCUUUUGUAAACACGAAAUAUCAGAACCCAGCUGAAGAUUAUCCCGAUAUACAAUUAUUUCUUGCUCCGACAGCAGAUAAUAUGGACGGUGGUCUUUUCGGGAAACGAGCUAAUGGUAUCACAGACGAAACAUACGCUGAACUAUACGAGGAUCUAUUAUACGAAUCAUCGUUUUCAAUAGUUCCACUAUUACUAAGACCAAAAAGCCGAGGCUACAUCAAAUUGCGGGACAGCAAUCCUAAUUCACCUCCUCUUAUUUAUCCAAACUACUAUUCCCAUCCAGACGAUGUGAAGAUUAUGGUGGAAGGAGCCCGUAUAGCACAAGCGUUGGUAGAACAACCAGCACUAAAAGAAAUGAAUGCUCGACCCAACCCACAUCGUAACCCUGGUUGCGAGGAGCAUGAGUUGAUGUCUUUCGAACACUUGGAAUGUCAAGCCCGGCAUCAUACUCUGACCAUCUAUCAUCCAGUAGGAACUUGCGCUAUGGGCCCGCCCGACAAUCCAGAGGCUGUUGUGGAUGCAAGAUUACGGGUUUACGGCAUUCGAAAUUUACGAGUUAUUGACGGAAGUAUAAUGCCGACAAUUGUUAGCGGGAAUACGAAUGCACCGAUAAUAAUGAUAGCUGAGAAAGCAUCGGACAUGAUCAAAGAGGACUGGUCGAAUUUACCUCAAGAGAUUAUUACUGAAUGCCCCAAAACAAAUAAUGUCGAAAGCAAAACUGCUUACUUUGAUGAACCAAGCAAGAUGCAGACUACGCCCUAUAGAUUAGAUGUAUUUAAUGAAACAACCAAUUUAUUUCCUAACUUAGCGGAUACAAUAAAAAUUACUGACCGAGUCAAAAGAAUUCACAAAAACAAAGAACCAGGAUUUGAAAGUGACAAAAAAUCUGAAGAAGCUUCUGUCAAAGCAUUACCCGCAAACCCCUAUAAAAUUAAGUCAGGGUUGAAUAUAAGAAAUGAUUUUGGGACAGUCAGUCCAUACGCUGAGGAUGAUAUUCCUCCAUUUUUGCCGCCACCGCCGCCUCCAUCUAGGCAUGAGAAUGUCUACAUCCCGCAUGUUAUGUAUCCGCAACGCGCCAUCAGUGACUACAUCUUCAAGUUCUUGAGGAUCAAAUAA